CGCCGCCGCCGCUCGCCAACAUGGCGGACCUGGAGGCCGUGCUGGCCGAUGUCAGCUACCUGAUGGCGAUGGAGAAGAGCAAGGCCACCCCGGCCGCCCGCGCCAGCAAGAAGAUCGUCCUGCCCGAGCCCAGGCCCUGCCUCCUUCUGUUUUGUUUCCAGUGGCAGCAGAAGAAAGCUCAUAAUUUAUGCAGAACAUCCCAACUGGAAUUGGUCCAGAAGGAAACGUCUUUCCUGCACAAUAGCAAUUUCCAGUAAAGAAUGAGAAGAUACCUAUGUUAAUGACUCCCCUUCCAGCCCCCCACAAAACCCCCAAAAUGUAUCCGGAGUGUGAUGCAGAAGUAUCUUGAGGAGAGAAAUGAAAUAACCUUUGACAAGAUUUUUAAUCAGAAAAUUGGUUUCUUGCUAUUUAAAGAUUUUUGUUUGAAUGAAAUUAAUGAAGCUGUCCCUCAGGUGAAGUUUUAUGAAGAGAUAAAAGAGUACGAAAAGCUUGAGAAUGAGGAAGAUCGCCUUGGUAGAAGUCGACAGAUUUAUGACACCUACAUCAUGAAGGAGCUGCUGUCCUGUUCACAUCCAUUCUCAAGGCAAGCUGUAGAACACGUGCAAAGUCAUCUAUCCAAGAAGCAAGUGACAUCAACUCUUUUUCAGCCAUACAUAGAAGAAAUUUGUGACAGUCUUCGAGGCAACAUUUUUCAAAAAUUUAUGGAAAGUGACAAGUUCACUAGAUUUUGUCAGUGGAAAAACGUAGAAUUAAAUAUCCAUUUGACCAUGAAUGAUUUCAGCGUCCAUAGGAUCAUCGGACGAGGAGGAUUUGGUGAAGUGUAUGGCUGCAGGAAAGCAGACACUGGAAAAAUGUAUGCUAUGAAAUGCUUAGAUAAGAAGAGGAUCAAGAUGAAACAAGGAGAAACAUUAGCCUUAAAUGAAAGGAUUAUGUUGUCUCUCGUGAGUACAGGAGAUUGUCCUUUCAUCGUCUGUAUGACCUACGCCUUCCACACUCCGGAUAAACUCUGCUUCAUCCUGGAUCUGAUGAACGGGGGCGAUUUGCACUAUCACCUUUCACAGCACGGGGUCUUUUCUGAGAAGGAGAUGCGGUUCUAUGCCACGGAGAUCAUCCUGGGGCUGGAGCACAUGCACAACCGGUUUGUCGUCUACAGGGAUCUGAAGCCCGCAAACAUCCUCUUGGACGAACACGGACACGUGCGGAUAUCAGAUCUCGGCCUGGCCUGUGAUUUUUCCAAAAAGAAGCCACACGCCAGCGUUGGCACCCAUGGGUACAUGGCUCCCGAGGUGCUCCAGAAGGGGACGGCGUAUGACAGCAGUGCCGACUGGUUCUCCCUGGGUUGCAUGCUGUUCAAACUUCUGAGAGGUCACAGCCCUUUCAGACAACAUAAAACCAAAGAUAAGCACGAGAUAGACCGAAUGACGCUGACCGUGAAUGUGGAACUUCCAGACACUUUCUCCCCUGAGCUGAAGUCCCUCCUGCAGGGCCUGCUCCAGCGAGACGUCAGUAAGCGGCUCGGCUGUCACGGCGGCGGCGCACUGGAGGUGAAAGGGCACAGCUUUUUCAAGGGCGUUGACUGGCAGCAUGUCUACCUGCAGAAGUAUCCUCCACCCCUGAUCCCUCCCCGGGGCGAAGUCAAUGCUGCCGACGCCUUUGACAUUGGUUCGUUUGAUGAAGAGGAUACCAAAGGCGUCAAGCUUCUUGACUGCGACCAAGAGCUCUACAAGAAUUUCCCCUUGGUGAUCUCUGAGCGCUGGCAGCAGGAAAUUGCCGAAACCGUUUACGAAGCAGUAAACGCCGACACGGAUAAACUCGAGGCCAGGAAGAGAGCUAAAAAUAAGCAGCUCGGCCACGAAGAAGAUUACGCGCUGGGAAGAGACUGCAUCAUGCACGGGUACAUGCUGAAGCUGGGGAACCCGUUUCUGACUCAGUGGCAGCGGCGAUAUUUUUACCUCUUUCCAAACCGACUGGAAUGGAGAGGCGAGGGGGAGUCCCGACAAAAUUUACUGACAAUGGAACAGAUUCUGUCUGUGGAAGAAACUCAGAUUAAAGAUAAAAAGUGCAUUUUGUUGCGGAUAAAAGGAGGGAAGCAAUUUGUCUUGCAAUGUGAGAGUGACCCCGAGUUUGUGCAGUGGAAGAAGGAGCUCACCGAGACCUUCACGGAGGCCCAGCGGCUCCUGCGGCGCGCCCCCAAGUUCCUCAACAAACCUCGAGCUGGGCUGCUCGAGCUCGCCAAGCCGCCCCUCUGCCACAGGAACAGCAAUGGCCUCUGACCUCAGGGCGGGGAGGGCUCUGGGGACCACGUGCCUGGAGGAAGUCCACCCCGGCUGCUGCCAGCCCUGGAAAUGGGCCCUUUGGAGAAGCGUGAGGAGUCGAGGCUGGGGUCCCUCAUCUCCGGGUUUCUUCCACCGUUGGGAAGACCCAGGACCCCGAGAUGCUCCCAACAGGAGCCGUGAGCACGCUCAGGCUCGGAGUCGGCCCACCUCCCCUCCUGCGUCCUCCUGACGCCACCGCAUCUGUCCGCACUCGAAACUACUGAGGACACGAAAGCUCUUUUUCUUUGCUACACACAUAUUUUGGUAUAUACGAACCUAGAACUCCAGACGAUUCCUGCUUGUCACUUCAAUUUAUAUGGCCGAUGUCAAAUGUAUCUUAGACUUGCCCAGAUGGCAUUUGCCUGUCUGCAGUGUUCAGUAAUGGACUGCCCCAGUGUUGUCAUAUUUUGUCUAUAAACAGCCACUGCUGACUCUCUCUGUCUCUGUUCCAUGCUGCUGAGGGAGGGGGAGAUCGACCGUGUGUUUCUUCUGUGCCUCCGAGAACUGACUUCUUCUUGUCCUGUGGUUGAAAGCUGAAGAUGUUUUCUAAAGAGGUUGCGCUGGGGCCACACAGGUAGCGGCCCGCCUCUGCCAGGGCCCAGGGCCUGGGGACCUCGGGGCGCAUGGAGCCACUCGUCACUGAAGGCGUCCAGCGGUGGAUCCUCAGAGAGGUGGACGGUGAUUCUGAAGGAGACGCGGUAGAGGUCUUGCCUUUAGGGCAAUAGCGAUUUUUGAGAAUGUUCGAGUAAACCAGCAGCACUUUCAUGGGUCCGGGUGUGUGUGAACGCUUGUGGGUGAGUCUCUCGGGUUUCACCAAUAAGCAGUCGUGUGACGCGGUAAUUCUGGUCCCUUCUGCCUGCCCUCAGGAAAUAUAGGAGUGAUGGAUGUGUAAAGGAAGGAAAGAAUUGCUCUGUUUGCCAUUUUAGUGUAAUUUAAAGUGAGUUUUAUUGAAAAAAAGAAUGCCGAAGAAUGAAUGUGUCAACAAGGGUUAACUGUGUCUAUUGACUCUUGUGUUGUCCUGGGUCUGUCCGUAGGGAAUGACACUUUGCACCGGUGGGUUCUGUGACAGGACCCCAUCUGAGCGUAGAGGCCAUCUGCCCAUGCCACCGGCUCCUUGCCGUGCCCUGCUCGUGUCCCAGUAAAGUGCUGGGUUAGAAGAACCAGAGUGCUUCCCCACGACGUCCCCCAUGUCCUCAGACUAAAAAUGAUAACAGUAAUUUUAAGAGUCCACAUGUUUGUCCUGUUCUUAGUGUGAUUUUGUUGUAUGUUUCUAAGUGAACCACUAACAGUGUACAUGACUUGACAUUGUGAUUAUCUGCUCCCCGUCCUCGAUAUUUUCAGUCGUCCCAAAUCUUUGUUUGGACAUUCGUGCGCCAUGUUCACUGAGAAAAUAAGUACUUUCUAGUGAAAUUCUAUUUUGAAAGUUUGGAA